CUAAUGUUGAACCCGUUGAAUUUUUACUGAAUAACGUUCGACAGCUGAAGUUGUUGUUGUUGCACAACAAUAACAUACGGUAUAAAGGCUAUUUUCGAAAACCGGUUUCAUUUAAAUUUGCACUUAACGGUUGGGUUUUUAAAAACCAAUAAACCCUAUAAUUUUCAUGUUGCCAUUUAAUCAACUUUUCAAGACAGUCGUAAAAUGCUGUCUGCAAGUCUCCUUUGUUGUAAUCAAACAUUACUUGUAGUUGUAGCCCUCAAAUCUCUCAAUAUUUUUUCAUUUUUUCCCCUCUCAGGACGACCUGUAAAGAAUCCCAUGCACCCUGAAUAUGCACCAUCCAUCUUACCUCACCUGCCACAGAGUGGAAAGAAGGCAUCCCAUAGGAUGGACAGUUACGAGCGACAUCAACUGACAACUUCAAAGCGUGAAUCGGCAGCAGAGAACUCAAAAACCAAUCAGCGAUGAGCAGUUCGGCCGCUGACGUCACAGUGAAAUGGCGACCAGGGCGCGGAAGCCGAGCGGUUCUCGUUCUACGGGCGGCGAGUCCAGUAAGAAAAUGUCCAGCGCCUCCGACUGCCUGGGUGUGCUGUUGGAGCUGCUGGUGGACUUUGGAAGAGAGCUCAACUUAGGCGACGCGGCGCUGAGAGUGGACGCCAACGUGGAUGCUGCGAGUCUUCAGUCUUUGGACGCAGCUCACGUUUACAGCUGUUUGCAGCAGCACAUCACUAACUUACAGACUGUGUCAGAAAGCCUGAGGACCCUGACGAAGGCUCACAGUCACACAUUAUUAGCGACUAAGAAGGAGACACCACGUGACGCCGUGUCCACCACGUCUGCUCUUGAAGACCCGACCCCGCCCGAGCGAGGCCCUCCCCUCCCCGACGCCACGGCAGCAGCGUCAGAGGCGACCAGUGACGUCCUGGUGCAGAUCCGAGCGGGCAAGUCCGAGAUCGAGCGGAGAAUAUCUGCAUUUAUGGAGCGCAAGCAGAUGGAGAUCAAUGAAAACAAUGUGCGCGAGUUUUGCAACGUGAUCGACUGCAAUCAGGCAGAGAACAGUUGUGCCAGAACCGAUGCAGUGUUUACGCCUUACCCGGGAUUUAAAAGCCACGUGAAAGUCACGCGGGUAGUCAACACGUACGGCCCUCAGACGCGCACGGGGCUCCAAGGAGAGGCCUUCGACCAGGCACGGAGCUUGGCCACGCGCGACUGCGGCAAUCCGGCCGUCGAGGAACGCCUCAACAACAUGGAAUUUCACCUCAAACUCCCGACAGCGGGACCGGUUCCAUUGAGCGUCUACCAGAGGUUGAAGAAGCUGGAGGACCGCAUCCUGCAGUUAGAGGGACUCUCACCAGAAUACUUCCAGUCCACAAACCUGGCGCACAAACGACUCAAGACGUCGCCUGCUCAGGCCUGCAGCCUGACGGAGUUGGACGAAAAGAUCAACGCCGUCAGGGCGGCCCUGCGAAAGAAGGCCGACGAGUUCAGACCCGAGUACGGAUCAGAGUACCCGCUUUGACCUCAGGUGGAAUACUCGUACAGUUAAGUGUAGUAUUUCUAAAAAAAUAAACCCACAUUUCUUGCAUAAAA